AUAAGUGUUGGUGUGUGUUUCAGAGUUUUCAGCCUUAUCGUUUAGAGCUGUAGAUGUUGCUGUUAGCCCUCUGAUCCAUGAUUCAUCGGACAUCGAGCCCCAUCACCACCCCUGCCCCUUUCUGUUUUUUUUUUUUCUUUUUCUUUUUUUCUCUAUAAUGUUUAUUCUCUCUCUCUCUCUCUCUCUAUUUCUUUACUAGUUACAAUUUUGUGAUAAUAAUGAGAAGUGGUAGUAAAUAAAGAGUGCAUCCCAAAUAAAAAUCCAAACUAAGCAAGUCCCAACCAAUCCCCGAAGCUAAAGAUUCUUCUUCUUCUUCUUCUUCUUCAGUCUCUUCCUUCACCCAACAAAGUCCCCAAAAAGCAAAAACCUAGAUCCGACAUUGAAGGGAAACCUUUUUUUUUUUUAGAUCCAAAGCCAUGAAGAGAGAUCAUCAAGAUCAAGAUAAGAUGAAGGAAGAAGAAGACGAUUGUAACAAGGGCAUGGACGAGCUUUUAGCUGUUCUUGGUUACAAAGUUAGGUCAUCAGAAAUGGCUGAUGUUGCUCAGAAGCUUGAGCAGCUUGAAGUUAUGAUGUCGAAUGUUCAAGAACACGAUCUUUCUCACCUCGCUACUGAGACCGUUCACUACAACCCUGCCGAGCUUUACACGUGGCUUGAUUCUAUGCUCUCCGACCUUAACCCUCCUCCCUCUUCUAACUCCGACUACGAUCUCAAAGCUAUUCCCGGUGACGCUAUUCUCAACCAUCACUUCGCUGUCGAUUCGUCUUCUUCCUCUAACCACGGCGGCGGCGGCGGUGAUGUGAAUGCUACUUCCAACAAGCGGUUGAAAUGCUCAAACGGCACGACGGUGGCGACAGUGACAACAGCGGCGGGUGAUGAGUCGACUCGUCCUGUAGUUCUAGUCGACUCGCAGGAGAACGGCGUGCGUCUCGUCCACGUGCUUUUGGCUUGCGCUGAAGCUAUUCAGAGUGAGAAUCUGACUCUAGCGGAGGCUCUGGUGAAGCAAAUCGGAUUCUUAGCCGUGUCUCAGAUCGGAGCGAUGAGAAAAGUCGCUACUUACUUCGCCGAGGCUCUCGCGCGGCGGAUCUACCGUCUCUCACCGUCGCAGAGCCCGAUCGACCACUCUCUCUCCGAUACUCUUCAGAUGCACUUCUACGAGACCUGUCCUUACCUCAAGUUCGCUCAUUUCACGGCGAAUCAAGCCAUCCUCGAAGCUUUCCAAGGGAAGAAGAGAGUUCAUGUCAUCGAUUUCUCUAUGAGCCAAGGUCUUCAAUGGCCGGCGCUUAUGCAGGCUCUUGCGCUUCGACCUGGUGGUCCUCCUGUUUUCCGGUUAACCGGAAUUGGUCCACCGGCUCCGGAUAAUUUCGAUUACCUUCACGAGGUUGGGUGUAAGCUGGCUCAUCUAGCCGAGGCGAUUCAUGUGGAGUUCGAGUACAGAGGAUUUGUGGCUAACACUUUGGCCGAUCUUGAUGCGUCGAUGCUUGAGCUUAGACCGAGUGAGAUUGAAUCUGUUGCGGUUAACUCUGUUUUCGAGCUUCACAAGCUCUUGGGACGACCUGGUGCGAUUGAUAAGGUUCUUGGUGUGGUGAAUCAGAUCAAACCGGAGAUUUUCACUGUUGUGGAACAGGAAUCGAACCAUAAUAGUCCGGUUUUCUUAGACCGGUUUACCGAGUCGUUGCAUUACUACUCGACGUUGUUUGACUCCUUGGAAGGUGUGCCGGGUGGUCAAGACAAGGUCAUGUCUGAGGUUUACUUGGGUAAACAGAUUUGCAAUGUUGUGGCUUGCGAUGGGCCUGAUCGAGUUGAGCGUCACGAAACGUUGAGUCAAUGGAGGAACCGGUUCGGUUCAGCUGGGUUUUCGGCGGCACAUCUUGGUUCGAAUGCGUUUAAGCAAGCGAGUAUGCUUUUGGCUCUGUUCAACGGCGGAGAGGGUUAUCGGGUUGAGGAGAGUGACGGAUGUCUCAUGUUGGGUUGGCACACUCGACCGCUCAUAGCCACCUCUGCUUGGAAACUCGCCACCAAUUAGAUGAAUUUGCUGAGUCGAGACGAGUUGAUUGAUCAGUUUGACCGGUUACGAUGAGAUCUGUUCCGACCGAACCAAAACUAAAUCCUACUGUUUUUCCCUUUGUCACUUGUUAAGAUCUUAUCUUCAUUAUAUUAGGGUUAAUUGAAAAUUUUUAAUCUCACUUUCGAGAGUUUCUUUUUGUUUACAUGUGACAUUGGUGGGUAAAUUGGAUAGGCAAAAAUAGAAUUAUGUAGUUGGUUGAAAUAAAUUUUUAAUCUUUUUUGAAUGUCACCAACUAUGCCUAUAUAUAUUCAUUGUAAUGACUAAUGAGCCUAAUUAA